AUACUCUCAUUUUUUUAUUCAUUCAUUCAUUCAUCCAUCUUUCAAUUUUUAAUGUGAAUUUGUAUUUUUAUCGUGAAUUUACUAAGCUUUUUAUCAAUAUUUAGUUAAAUACUUUCGAUUAGAUUGUAUUUGUUGAAUUUAGGUACCUUGACUUUUUUAAGAUGUCUUCUGGGCGGCCAAUUAAGUGUGUGGUGGUCGGUGACGGUACCGUCGGAAAGACGUGUAUGUUAAUAUCUUACACAACUGAUAGUUUUCCAGGAGAAUAUGUUCCUACAGUGUUUGACAAUUAUUCAGCUCCUAUGGUGGUUGAUGGUGUUGCAGUAUCCUUGGGACUCUGGGACACUGCAGGGCAAGAAGACUAUGACAGGCUGAGACCACUGAGCUAUCCACAAACAGAUGUCUUCCUUAUAUGCUUCAGUGUGACAAGUCCUUCUUCAUAUGAAAAUGUGACUUCCAAAUGGUACCCAGAAAUCAAACACCACUGUCCUGAUGCACCUAUAAUAUUAGUUGGUACAAAAAUAGAUUUGCGGGAUGACCGCGAGACCCUGAGCAUGCUGGCCGAACAAGGAAUGUCUCCAUUGAAACGGGAACAAGGUCAGAAACUGGCCAACAAAAUAAGAGCAGUGAAAUACAUGGAGUGCUCUGCAUUAACACAACGUGGACUGAAACAGGUGUUUGACGAAGCGGUGCGCGCUGUGCUGCGGCCAGAACCUCAGAAGAGACACCAACGGAAGUGCUUAAUCAUGUAAAUAACCUCACCAUGAAUCUCAAUCAGCAGUAAUAAUAUGUUUCUAUACCAUAAUUAAGAACUCCUUUUAAACUAUCCAUUAUUUUGAUUUUACGACAGUUCUUUCAUUAAGAAACAAAAACAAUAGAAGAAUUAUGAUUAUAUGUAUAAAUAAUAAAUGCCUCAACUGAACAACAUUAACUGUGCCAUAUAAUGAACAAAGUAGAUUACAGUAUCCAGGCUAGAUUGCUACAGGUUUUGCCAUGACAUCGGAGUGAGUGUGAUUCAUCACAAUUUUAUUUGCAUCUUUAUUUUAAGGGAAUGGUAAUGCCAAAGAUUUUUGAGUAGAUAUAAGUGAAAUAUAGUUUGUGAUAAAAAUAUAAUUUGUAUAGAAACAAAUUGUUACUGUUAACCAAUUACUUGAAUACUUACUGUUAUUUUUUUAAAUCCAAGAUAUAAUUAAUAUUUGACAUUGAGGAGAUAAAUUAUAUUCAUAAGCUGACAUAGUACCGUAAGGACUGACAUUAGUGGCUAGUAUAAAACAUACUCAAACUACUAAUUUGUGACGAUAAUUAUUGUAGCAUUUAUUACCUGCAUUCAAUAUAUUAUAGUACUAUGUAUAUUUAUUUAAUUCUACAUAGUAAUACUAUUCUUAAUACUAAACAGCUUCUUUACAAAAACAAUAUGGAUGGACCAUGAGUCUGAUUAAAGGGUAUGAAUCUUCCACACAUUUCAGACUUACUGAAAUUUCAUGAUUCUUUCUUUUCUUAUUGUUAAGGUUAGUAUAAAAGUAACAUUAUAUGCCUGAAUUGUAAUUGUAUAACUGCUCAGCUGCCUCAUUAGUUGGCAGGUGGGUUCAACUCAAAUGUAACUAUAGACUGUCUGCAAUCUCUCUUUAUUAUUAUGGAAGUUAAUUAUUUGAUGCUGAAUAUACAAAUAGCCUAAGAUGAUGGAAACGCGUUAUUCGGUGCUGAUUUGCUAGAAAGUUUGUUCUUAUCGUGAAUAUUAUGCAUUGAUACCUAAAUAUUAUUUAUUUCAGUAUUGUAUUCUCAUAGGCAUGUGAUGAAUAGUGUGUUUUAUAGUGAUUUAUUAAAGCGAAAUAUUUUUGUAUUUAACAUAAACUAGAAAUACUAUAACAAAGCAUUUAGGAAGUAUUGUACAAUUAUUAUUUUAUAACAAAGUAAUUUGAUAGGUACAGGUAAUAUGUACUGUUUGAUUUAUUUUGCAAACUGUGUAAAACUUCUAGACUGCUUCUAUUUAUAGGUCUAGCUUAAUUGACCUUCUAUGUAAAUAACUUUCUUAUUAUUUGCGCAAUUUAUAGAAUAUUUUCAAUUUGUGUACCGUAUUGUAAUGCACUUAAAUAAAUUAUUGAAUUUCUCAA